AUGGCUGCUACCUCCUCUUACCGUUAUCAUGCUUUCUUGAGUUUUAGAGGGAAAGAUACCCGCAAGGCCUUCACAGAUCACCUCUACAGUGCUUUGCAGUGCGCUGGAAUCCAUACUUUUAGAGAUGAUGAUGAGAUCAAGAGAGGAGCCAAUAUAGCGAGAGAACUACAAAAGGCAAUACAUGAGUCACCAGUAUCUAUAAUUGUCUUCUCCAAAGGCUACGCUUCCUCACAGUGGUGCCUGAACGAACUUGCAAGGAUCAUGGAACAUCACAGAGUUGAUAGACACCUCGUUUUGCCCAUUUUCUAUGAUGUGAAUCCAUCGGAGGUGAGGACACAGAGUGGGAGCUUCGCCGAAGCAUUUGCCAAACAUGUAGUCGAGCAAAGUUUGGACAAGGUGGAGGAGUGGAGAAGAGCCCUUAGAGAAGUUGCAGAGUUGGGAGGGAUGGUUUUAGGAGAUCAGUACGAGUCCCAGUUCAUCCAUCAUGUUGUUGACGAGAUUGGAAGGAUGCUGGAUCACAACGCAUUUAAGGUUCGUUCCAAAAUUGUUGGAAUGCAUUAUCGUGUGCGACACCUGAACAUGUGGUUAAAAGAUCGAUCGAAUGAUGUCGAUGUAGCUGUCGUCUAUGGCAAGCGUGGAAUUGGAAAAACCACGAUGGUUCGAGUUGCUUAUAACCUCAACUUCUAUAGAUUUCAAGGUAACAGCUUCCUUGAAGAUGUCACAGCAACUUCAGAAGAACCCAAUGGUAUUCUUAACUUGCAAAGGAAACUUCUUUCUGAUGUCCAAAGGAGUGGGGAGACAGAGCCUGUAGAUGUCAGCAACACAGAUGAAGGUAAAAGCAAGAUUAAACAUGCGGUAUGUUGCAAGAGAGUUGUUAUUGUUUUUGAUGAUGUAGACCACUCGGACCAGUUAAGUGCAAUUAUUGGAAAACGGGAAUGGUGCUAUCCGGGAAGUAAAAUUGUCAUUACAACUAGACACGAGGAUUUGCUUAAAGAUCAAGAGAUUCCUCAUGCCGUCUUUGAGGUUGAACCAUUUGAUGAGUAUGAAUCACUUGAGCUUUUUAGUUGGCGUGCCUUUGGACAUGCCCAUCCUUUCGAAGGAUACCAGGAGCUUUCGAAACACCUGGUAAGAUAUUCUAAUGGAAUUCCAUUAGUUCUUCAUAUCCUAGGAGCUUAUUUGUCUCAGAAAAGUGUAGAUGAAUGGCAAAGUGCAUUGGAGUCUUGGAAAAGCUAAUAAAUCCAAUCAUGAUAGAACAUAACGGUAUUCCUUGAUAUUGUAGUAAAGGAGAUCAAAACCACCAUUCUAAUUAGUGAAAAGUCCGUUCUGCGCAUGCUAUACACUAGUUAAGGAAUCAUUCC